AUGAAUUCCGCUUCAAGCUUAUCAAUUUUAAAUUCAUACUAUAAUACAAUAGUAGAAGAUCUUGUAUCGAGUUAUUCAUCAGAAAUAUCAAGGAAUAUUUAUCUUGAAAAAAUUCAUUCUCACUUUAAAACUGUUCUUAGUUAUAAUAUUAGUAACGGGAAAAAGAUUCGCGGUACAACUGUGAUUGACACUGUUCGUGUUCUUUCGUCGGAAUCUGCUGAUGAAUUAUUAUUAAAACAAGCAGCCAUUCUCGGAUGGUGUAUUGAAUUAAUGCAAGGAGCAUUUCUUGUUGCUGAUGAUCUUAUGGAUCAUUCACUCACAAGACGUGGACAGCCGUGUUGGUAUCUGAAAGUUGAAGAAAAAGAAUCAGCUGUCAAUGAUUCAUUUUAUUUAUAUUCGUGUACAUUUACGUUAUUAAAUAAAUAUUUUCCAACGAAUUUUAAAUUAUAUCAUUUAUUUAAUGAAAUUUUUCAACGGACUGUCAUUGGACAAGGACUCGAUUUAGAAACUCCACAUUAUUUACCAUCGAUUGAUUUUUAUACAGAAGAGCAUUAUUAUACUGUGGUCACAUGGAAAACUGCUUACUAUACAAUUGCUCUGCCAAUUCUUUGUGGUAUAUUAAUAACUCCUUCAUCUUUUCUUGCUGAUCAUACUGAAGUAAAAACAAUUACUCUUAAUAUUGGUACUUAUUUUCAAGUACAAGAUGAUUAUCUUGAUUGCUAUGGUGACAUUAAUCGAACAGGGAAAAUUGGUACUGAUAUUCAGGAGCGUAAAUGUUCAUGGCUGAUUGUUCAAGCUAUGAAAUUAUUAGAAAAAAAUGAUAGAAGACGUGACAUUCUUCGUGAUAAUUAUGGUAAUGAUGAUCAAAACAAAGUUCAACGUGUUAAAGAUAUUUAUGAAGAACUAAAUUUAAAAGAAAUUUAUCAACAAUAUGAAGAAAAAACAUAUCAAAAUAUUAUACAACUUAUAAAUCAAGCUAAUUUUAAUUCAAAGCCACUUGAACAAUUAUUAAAACAAAUUUUAGACAGUAUUCAUGCUAGAAGCAAAUGA